AUGGCGGAAUCGAGUGCGAUGCUUUGUGACUAUGAUUCUUCAUUGCAGUCUUCGGAUGAUGGGAGUGUUGAAGAGACACGAAGGAGUUCAAAGAGCCCUUUGAUAUCCCAGGAGGAAACUAAGAAUGCUGCCACAGUAAAAGAUGGGGUUCAACUCACUAUCGAAACAAAAAAGAACUCUAUGGUUGUAUCUCCAUCACCUAGCUACAUUAUUGAUGGUAAACGUCGAUCGAGGAGUCGUGAACAUAGUCCUUCAAGGCGACACCGCAAACGAAGUUGUGCGCCCAGAUCUGAUCGCGGAAGUCCAAGUGAACGUGUGAGCUCUUCAAAACACAAACGUUCAUCCCACCAUUCAAGGCACAAACAUUCAUCCAGAAAGCAUCAUCACCGUGAUUCCCACUGUAGUGACUAUAAACAUCGUUAUCGCCGAAAGCAUCGACGUCACAGUUCAACUUCAUCUACCAGUUCAUCUAGUGAUACUAGCCCUGAAAGCAAACCUAGUCGGCGUGGAAGUCAUAAUGGUAGAAAUUCAACACAACUCCUCACAACAAGUUCCAAGGAUUAUUUCACUUCGCAACCGAAGCCAGAAAACCAGAACACUAACCUCAUUAUCUCAACGACGGGAGUCACCGUGACGACAAAUUCUCCGGCAGUUUCUAGUCAAAGUACUACGACGAAUGUUCCUGUGCAGCGGUUGACAGCACAAGAUAUAUUAGACAAAAUACAAAAGCAUCAACAAGAGCAAGCCAAGGCUCAAGCAUUAGCCGCUGCCGCCGCCGCGAAGCUCCCGAAAUACUACAACCCAACCACUGUCAACGCCGUUAAACUCGCGGAGCAACAACAAAAGCGCAAAUUAUUGUGGUCCAAAAAAGAUGGUGAAAACACUAGUUCUGAAAGUAAAACUCUUUGGACAGCCACAUCUUUAAUUGCUGGAAAAGGUGAUUCUGCAGCUGCAGCUAAAUUUCGGAAAUUGAUGGGAAUUCAUGAUUCUUCUGAAGAAGUCGUGGACGGAAGCGCUGCUCAUGUCAAUGAAACUGAAGCUUUGCGUCGAGCUGAAGCGCAAGCUGAACUUUUCCGGCGACUUGAACACGAAUAUGAGAUGUCUCGUACCAUAACACAUACUCAGCGAGGCGCCGGUCUUGGUUUCAGUUCAUCCAGCCAUAUCGAUUACAAUGCAUAUUCUGCUAUGCAAAGUGAAAAAGACAAAAACCCUAAUUUAUGA